AAAGUUUUCUCCUGCACACCUUUUAUUCCCAAAGCGAUUCGUUACAUCUGCCGGUGACCUUUUUUCAUACCCAGGGCAAUAGUGAUGAUUCGGUCUCCCUUCAGAAUGACUGGUUUUGAGCGACCGCGUAUUGUGCUACCCCAAUUGCGUAGAGCACGAUUCGGUAUACUUUUUACAUUUACAGUGCUCACACUUAUAUUGGUUCUGGUAUGUUCUCAACUUUGAGCUGAGGUACUGUUAGGGGACAUGUAGACCCCCACCAGCCUUGCACUUAGUGUUUUUGCAACUAGGUACUGAUGAUGCUAUUUGCGGCUAGUUCAAGAAGAAUUAUGGUGACAGAUGGCCCAACAAGACUAAGGACUGGAGUUACAUACAUCAGAAGCUUGCAGAGGUCAACUACUCAGCCCUAGAAGACGAUUUUGAUGGCCACCGUCAUUUGCGGUUAUUUAUGCCAGCCGAUGGGCCAAGCAUAAAUCUUUGCAAAGUCGUGCAUUCUGCGGUGGCUCUCGGUUAUCCGAUGCCUACCCUUCUGAACUGGAACGGAGAGUUCAACCGGCCCGAUUGGCACUUUGCAGGCUCACACAUUGCAAAGCUUGAGUCUCUUCUUGUUGCUCUGGAUACGCUCUACGAGAAAGACUCCACCGCUGAUAACGAUGUUGCGCUUUUGGUAGACGCUUACGACAUAUGGUUCCAGCUCCCUCCAUCAGCUCUCCUCGAGAGAUUUCAUAAGUUAAACCUUGAAGCGGACACCAGAGUACAAAACCUAUGGAUGGAUUCCGGUUAUGAUCCCCAGUUUCCUAUCGCCGCGCCAAAGCAAAACAUUGUUAUCACUACUGCUAAGGAUUGCCAACCCGGCGCGGAAUCCGGUUCACGUCCCAACUACCCCCACUGGCCAGCCUCACCACUGUCUCCUGAUUUUUAUGGGGAAGCAACAGACAAGAUCGACUAUUCUGCAGACUCGGCAAGAAAAUACAGGAGAGUUCGACCUCGAUGCGUGAACAGCGGGAUGAUUAUGGGCAAAAUAGGACCUCUGAGAGCCGCAUUGAGGAGGUGCAGAGAGAAGGUGGCAACCGUCUCACAUAAGGGACGCCAACUAUGGAGCGACCAGGCCUUGAUUGCUGAGGUCAUUGGUGAACAAGAGAUGUGGCGCGAAUGGGUCCGUUCUGUCUUGCCAUCUGUCAACAAACAAGCUCUGGUUCGCCUGCAUGAGUUAUCUUGGGAAGUCCAGACGGUUGCGAAGGCUGCUCUCGGCGGGCAGCGUUUCGAGUUUGGACUCGGCCUCGAUUACACUUUCAGCACGAUGCCUCCAACCUGCUCGGCUGAAGAGGAUGGCUAUUUCGUCAAAUGGGCACACAGAGAGGCUGUGCAGAAGGCGUCAGAGAAGGCCGGGGUACCAGGCAAAGUCAGAGUCCCUGAUAUGCCUCAGUAUCUCGGAGGCUCAGACAGCCCUUUAAAGGGAGGUGGACUCACAUGGGCUGAUGUUCCUCUUUACACCGACUUCUUCUUUGGCAACGCUCCAGUCGCAAUCCAUCACAAUGCCUACAUCUCGGGGCUAAAAGCAUGGAGGCUGGAGAACUGGUGGAACAUGACGUGGUUUUACCCAUAUCUUCGAGACUUAGUCACGACCCAGCUUCAACAACAAGAGCAUACGAGGCCACUAGUGAGGAUGACCGGUGGGAUGGCGGAGCAAAAUGAGAUUGUCUACUGGGCUCCACCGGAAGAUACAGGUAGGAGAACGAUCAAAAGCUUCAGGUGGUCUGAUGACGGGGCGGAAACAACACCCAUGGAUUGGGAGGGCAUUUGCCAGAAUGGCCAAGUGAAGUGGGAACGGUUGAUCUUUGGCGACGAAAAAGGGCCUGCGUCAGGCUGAGACCGCCCUAACACCUAAUUGGAUAUCAGGUACUGAAAUCAUUCGACAAAGUAUGCAACAAAAGGCCCAAUACUAUUCUAAACCUAGUCGCCAAGCUUCCAGUCCAAUAUUCCACUAAUCACAAGUUGGUUUCAUUAAAUCAGGGGGAAAAACGUAACCCACAAGUGGCAUUUGGCCCUACACAUCCUAGUAUAAAGGAUUGGCUAGAAUGCUUCGGUUGGUUGCUGGUUGUGUUGGUGCUUCGUACAGG